GGAGGCUAAUCUGCUGCUAACCACGCUCCCGCUCCCGUCCCGCGAUGUCUGAUGAAUAUUUAACACAUUUUUCCCUUCAAUAAUUCACAUUCACGUUUUUGUUUUCGAUCUCCGCCGCCGCCCAAAGCUUUUUUUGCCCCCGGAUCGCUAACACCUUCCUCCGGACUAGCCUCUCCAGAUUAGCAGGCUAGCGACUCGAACCCUUAAUCUUUCAUUUACAAACACACUUUAUCAUUCAUCUAAACGCCCGUCUUUGCGUGUGUUUCUCUCUCUCAAACAUGAGCUUUUCAGUCUUUAUGGGUGUGUGUUAAAGCGGGGGAAGGAGGAGGAGAGAGACCGACGACCGGAGCUCCAGACCCGGUGCAUCGGAGAACCCCCAAGCCGCCUGAAGAGCCUCGGAUCCGGGGCUGCUGAGAUGGAGGAUGUGCGGGGCAGGAGGGACGGAGCACAUCCACUGUCUUGUUAACUGGAUUUAAACAGCCGGAGCUCCAGCCCGAUGGAGGUGUGCAGUAAGAACCCGAACAGGACAGCUCCGGUGGGGGAGGAGCGCCGAGCCGAUGUGCCCCUCUGCUCCAGGACCAAUGGCUGGAGCUGGCCCCCGCACCCCUUCCAGAUGCUGGCCUGGCUGCUCUACGCAUACUUCGCCAUCACCGGGUUUGGGGUGUUUGUGCCCCUGCUGCCCCCUCACUGGAUCCCCGCCGGGUACAUCUGCACCGGUGUCCUGUUCGUGUGUCACCUGUGCGUCCACGUGCUCGCCGUGUCCAUAGAUCCGGCCGACUCGAACGUGAGGAGCCGGACUCACCGAGGCCCCGUCCCCGUGUUCGACCGCUCCAAGCACGCCCACGUCAUCGAGAACUGCCACUGCUUCCUCUGCCAGGUCGACGUGGGCCCCAAGUCCAAACACUGCAGUGCCUGUAACAAGUGUGUGGCCAACUUCGACCAUCACUGCCGCUGGCUCAACAACUGCGUGGGCAGCCGCAACUACAAGUUGUUCCUGCACAGCGUGGUGUCUGCCCUGCUGGGAGUGUGCUUGGUCCUUAUUGUCGCCUCGUAUGUUUUUAUUGAGUUCUUCUUGGACCCGUCUAAACUCCGCACUGACAAACACUUUCAAGUACAUAACGAGUCUGCAGUGUGGUUCCUGUUCUUGCCUGUAGCUCCGGUGGUCUCGGCCGGAGCAGUGAUCCCAGGGCUCGCUGCUGUCACCAUCGCUCUGGGGCUGCUCUCCUGCGUGCUGCUCUGCCACCUGCUGGGCUUCCACAUUUACCUGAUGUGGAACAGACUGAGCACGUACGAGUACAUCAUCCGUCAGCGUCACCGUCUGAACCCACGCGACUCGAGGAAGCCCCCAGCCAAGGAGCCCACCGUCCCCUCGCUCAACAUCAUCAAGGAGGUGAGCUACUCCGGGACUCUGGGCUACACCAACACACAGAUGGAGGUGGAGGAGCCCUGCGCCGUCACAGCACAAGACGACACAGAGUGUGUGGCCAACGGGAGGGUUCGUAGCGCGUCUGCUCCGGUGGUGGAGGAGGAAAUCCCGCCUCCCGCUCCGACUGAAGUGAAGGCAGUGACCCCACAAAGACGAACACAGAAAAGGAAAAAGAAGGUGCGUAAAGUUCCGGCUGAAGUGACGAGAGAGCGCCCGCUCAGUGCUGUUCCUGCAGAGCUCACGUCCGUCUCCACCGUGUCUCUGGGCCAGCGCCUGCCCUUCCCCUCCUUCCCCCUGCGCGCCUCCCUGCCCCCUCUCGCCUCCGCACCCGUCCCCGCGCCCGUCAUGGUCCCCGUCAUGGCCGCCGCCCCGCCCUCCGAGUACCACUCCGACUCCGCAGAAUCCCUGGAGGAGAUUCCCGUAGCGCUCGCCAAACUCGGCUCCUCGUCCAACCGCGACAACUCGAACUUAACCCACAGACCCACGUUGUCCUUCCCCCUGCCCUCCCCGCUGCCGAGGACUAAGCGGAAGGGGUCGGCGAGGGCCAACAGGAGCGCGGGGGACUUGAGGUUCGAAAUGGCGCCCCCUACCGUGUUCGUGAGCAGAGCGAGCGGAGAACCGGCACUGGACAAAAGGAGAAAUCAAGGGUCCAGACCGAGCUCCAGAACUUCACUCGGGACAAACUGGAUGGAGCGAUAA